UCAGAUUUUGAGAUCCCGAGUGAAAACGGGGAGAACUCUAAUCAAGACAUAUUUGAGGACAUGGACUCACAUGGGCUCUUCUCAGAAACACCUGGAGGGGAAGGUGUUCAGCAGUCUGAUUGGGAAAGUGACAUUGAGAGAGACUGUGGCUCCAGGGGUCCCCAGGGAAAGGCCUCAAGUGAAGACCACAGGGAAGUGCCAUCCCAGGGCAGGGAAGCUGGACAGCUCAUCGGCCUUCAGGGCACCUACCUGGGUGAGAAGCCCUACGAAUGUCCCCAGUGCGGGAAAACCUUCAGUCGGAAAUCCCACCUCAUCACGCACGAGCGGACCCACACGGGAGAGAAAUACUACAAGUGCGACGAAUGUGGGAAAAGCUUUAGUGAUGGUUCCAACUUUAGUAGACACCAAACGACUCACACCGGGGAGAAACCUUAUAAAUGCAGGGAUUGUGGGAAAAGCUUUAGCCGGAGCGCAAACCUCAUAACCCACCAGAGGAUCCACACGGGCGAGAAACCCUUCCAGUGUGCCGAGUGUGGCAAGAGUUUCAGCAGGAGCCCCAACCUCAUCGCUCACCAGCGAACCCACACGGGAGAGAAACCAUACUCAUGCCCUGAGUGUGGCAAGAGCUUUGGCAACCGGUCCAGCCUUAAUACGCAUCAGGGAAUCCACACUGGAGAAAAGCCCUACGCGUGUAAAGAAUGCGGCGAGAGCUUUAGUUACAACUCCAACCUGAUCAGACACCAGAGGAUCCACACCGGGGAGAAACCAUACAAAUGCCCCGACUGCGGGCAGAGGUUCAGUCAGAGCUCAGCCCUCAUCACCCACCGGAGAACUCACACAGGAGAGAAGCCCUACCAGUGCGGCGAGUGUGGGAAAAGCUUCAGCCGCAGCUCCAACCUGGCCACGCACCGCAGAACCCACCUGGUGGAGAAGCCCUACAAGUGCGGGGAGUGUGGGAAGAGCUUCAGCCAGAGCUCCAGCCUGAUCGCGCACCAGGGGAUGCACACGGGCGAGAAGCCCUACGAGUGCCUGACCUGCGGGGAGAGCUUCAGCUGGAGCUCCAACCUCAUCAAGCACCAGCGGAUCCACACGGGCGAGAAGCCCUACAAAUGCGGCGAGUGUGGGAAGUGCUUCAGCCAGCGCUCCCAGCUGGUGGUGCACCAGCGGACCCACACGGGCGAGAAGCCCUACGAAUGUCUCAUGUGUGGCAAGAGCUUCAGCCGGGGCUCCAUCCUGGUCAUGCACCAGAGAGCCCACUUGGGGGACAAGCCCUACAGGUGCCCCGAAUGUGGGAAGGGCUUUAGCUGGAACUCGGUUCUCAUUAUACACCAACGAAUCCACACAGGGGAGAAGCCCUACAAAUGCCCUGAGUGUGGCAAAGGCUUCAGCAAUAGCUCCAAUUUCAUUACACAUCAGAGAACUCACACGAAAGAGAAACUUUAUUGAUGUGGCGAAAAGGAAAAGUGAGGGGGCCAGCCCAGGAGAGGGAAUUGUCCCACUGCGCCCAAGCAAGGCUGUCUCAUUAGAAGAGCCAUUCUUCCUGAAUGGUCUUUGGGGAUUUGUGCCAGAAUCUCACCACCGCUCAUCCUCAUUCCUAGGAUCCCAUCAUCUUAGUGGUCGGAGCCAAACCCCAAGAACAGUAUAGGACUGGAAGGUCGGGAAGUUGGGUCUUUUUCUGUUUCGUUUUAUGGCUUGAUGGACUUUCUCUCUCCUGAUCCCUCUGUGCCCCAGUUUCCUCUUUGGUAGACAGGGGAGUGUUUCUCCACGUGGAACGGAAGACAGCAUGGCCCACAUCCCACGGAGUCCUCAGAGAAAUACUGGAAAUCUAUUGGUGCAGCCUGGUUGUUGUACUGCCCCUUUGUUAGGCUGAGGCGCCCUCAGCCCCAGCUGCUAGCAUUCCAGGCCCCUUGCCCACGUCAGCACCAUUUCCUCCUGGCUCUGUCCUGGGCUUUGAUUUCAGGUCAAGGUGGAGCAGCUUCUGUAAUUCUGAGUCAUCACAUGAAGGAAAAGUCCUCUCUUGAAAGUGUCAGGAGCACUGAGACACCGUGUAUGUCCUGGAACCAGCGUCCCAGUAGCCUUUCGAUUGUAAGAGUGGAACGGGGCCUGCCAGGGAGGUAUAAAAUGAGAUUUACAUCUUUGCUCUGUCUCCGCUAUUGUCCGGUGGUGAGUCAGCUGCCAGGGGGAGCGCUCUAGUUUUUGUGGGGCUUCGUUUUUGGAGUGUGAAGGCGGAGACUCCCAGCUGUCCACCCUGGUGGGUGGCAGUUUCUCUCUCACCAGGUUCAGUGAGGUGGGCCUGUGUCUACCCCACAGACACAAAGCUCCGCAAUCAUUACUCUGUGCGCCUGUCAGUUCCUCAUUCUUACAUUUUUUUUAUUUUCUACCCGCAGAGCUAGAAUUCUGCCCAGCAGCUUUUGUACACUAAGAAUGUUAUUUUGAAGGAAGUGUUGGUUUUGAGGACACGUCAUCUGUCCCCUGGAGAGAUCUGGGCUUGAGUCAGGAGUUGUCCUACAGAGGUGCCUUUGCUUUUAGGGUGCCACCAGGACUUUGUUCUUGGGUCCCUGAGCCUUGAAACAGUAAAGAUGGGUGAUAGCAGGUGAAGGGGUUUGUUACGAGAAAAGGAGAGUAGAGAGGGCGUUUCUGGGAAAUGUGAAUCCACCUCCUGUGCAUGGGGCCGGCUCUCGGAAUGGGCCUUGGUCCUCAUAGGAUGGAUGCUCAAUGUUGCCUAAUAAAGCAGAGUCCCAUUCUC